UCAUCCAAGUCUUACAAAUUCUUGUGAAUUAAGUACGUCCUUGAGACACUUAACAAAUAGCCGCUCUACCUGGACUUUCAGUUCUUGAGACUUCUUCUGUGUUUCUUUAUCAAGUCAAUACUCCAGGUGAACGUCAGCUGAUGGUUGAUUUACUUUGCCGGAUUCCUGAAUCAAGGAAGAUACUAAUCCAAGUCCAGCAGCACUUAUAAAUAGACCACAACAUUCUUGUCCCAUUAAGCUGUAAACCACAAAGCAUUCUACUUCUAUUUGCAUCAGUUACCAGAGGCAUUAACCAUGGAGAUUGUAGCUCUAUCUGUCUCAGUAGUCAUUGCUGUUUUCACUGUUGCUCUUUCUGCAUUUGCCUUUUUCAAGCCUGAGUCAGAAACCGAUAUCAAGCUUCCACCAGGGAGCUUUGGAUGGCCAAUUAUGGGCGAAACGAUGGAAUUCUUGUUCGGGAAGCCUGAAAAGUUUGUUGGAGACAGGAUGAAGAAGUAUUCCCCUGACAUCUUCAAGACUAAAAUUCUCGGAGAAAAAACAGCAGUCAUCUGUGGUCCAAGUGGUCAUAAAUUUCUCUUUUCUAAUGAGCAAAAGCUCUUCACUGCAUUUCGACCACAUCCCACCCAAAGGCUAUUCCGUUCAUACCAGACUAAAGCGGCCGCCAGCGCCACCCUGCCACCGCGUCCUCCUCCUUCUGCUCCUGUUGCUGCUGAUCAAAGAAAGCCACGAAUCGAUGAAGAGACUAAAGUCAUAAGACAGCCUGGUUUUCUGAAACCUGAAGCAUUGGCUCGAUUUUUGGGGAAAAUUGAAUCCAUCACCCAGCAUCUUUUGCAAACUCAUUUGGAAGGAAAAGAUGAAGUGAAGGUCUUCCCCCUGGCCAAGACUAUAACUUUGACAAUUUCUUGCAAAUUUUUCUUAGGCACGGACAAUCCAGAGCGAAUUGCGAGGCUCGUGGAUCAUUUCGAUGAUGUAACAGUAGGGAUGCAUUCGAUCAUGGUGAAUUUUCCAGGAACAAUAUACAAUCGCGCGAACCAGGCUGCAGCAGCAAUUAGGAAGGAGCUCCUGGACGUGAUCAAGGAGAAGAAAGAAGCAAUGGCAGCAGGGAAGCCAAUGCAGGACAUACUGUCUCACAUGAUUGUUGUCACUGAUGCAACUGGAAAAAGAAUGCCUGAGGCUGAGAUUGCUGAUAAGAUCAUGGGCUUGAUUACCGCAGGGUACAGCACGGUUGCCACCACCAUAACUUUCUUGAUGAAAUAUGUUGGAGAAAGACCUGAUAUCUACAGCAAGAUCAGAGCAGAGCAAAUGGAGAUAGCAGCCUCAAAGAAGCCGGGACAGUUCUUGGAAUGGGAAGAUAUGCAGAAAAUGAAGUACUCUUGGACAGUCAUUUGCGAGACAAUGAGACUAAAUCCACCCCUUCAGGGAACAUUCAGGGAAGUUCUAACCGAUUUUACCUAUGCUGGUUACACCAUUCCAAAAGGAUGGAAGGUGUACUGGACAGUAAGCACCACUAACAUGAACCCAGCAUACUUCAAGGAUCCUGAGAAGUUUGAUCCUUCGAGGUAUGAUUCAAGUGGAGAAGGCAGAGGUGUUGCAGCAUAUACCUAUGUUCCGUUUGGUGGUGGACCAAGAUUGUGCCCCGGAAAAGAGUAUGCUAGAUUGGCUAUAUUAGCAUUCGUCCACAAUGUGGUCAAGAACUACAAAUGGGAGGUUUUGUUCCCUAAUGAAAAGAUCACCGGUGACAUGAUGCCUACCCCAGAAAAAGGACUUCCCAUACGUUUGCAGCCUGCAUCAUCAUCUUAAUUACUUCCAACUAAACGGAUUGAGGCCGGAAUAAUUAAGCAUCCAAUUUUUUGUUUUUUUGAUCGUUUUAUCUUUUAAGCAGUGUAUUCCAGAUUAUUUCUUUUGCAUUGGUCGUCGUCCUGUGCCCCCGGGGCUUUGGUCUGGUGGUAGUAGCCUAGUUAGGUACCACUGCUAAGGAUGGAAUCCCCGAUGCAACAACCCACACGGCUUG